UCCCCGAGUUUAGUCUUCCAGGAAAGGUUUUCUUCCAGACUGGAUCAAAAAAAAAAAAAUCUUAUUGCGGUAUUUUUCAAGCGAAUAAUCUUAAAUGUAAAUGAGAUUUUAUCACGUUCACGUGACUCUGUUUAAGUUAAAAUCUUUUAUUGACCGCAAAUUUUGUUGUUUAGACCGAACUCUUGGAGGAAAUGCUAACUGGAAGGCAAAACGCGGGGACCAAAAAACCCAAAAGCCCCACGAAACUCAAAACACAGCAGCUCAUGGGCUGAUCCUGGUGUCCUUUCGGUCGUAAACAGUUACAGUUCAACUUUUUGUGUAUUUACUGAGAUAAAUGAUGUUUUCUAAACCAAACAGGAAGUGUGAUCUCUACAGGUGAGCCUGUAGAAGAGCGACGUCAGCAGCGCGCGUGUGUGACCUGCAGUGAUCCACGUUGUGUGAACUUUAGGGUUUGAUGAGCUUCCUGACAGCCCUGAGGAGGAUUAGCUCGUGGAUGCCCGUCCUGCAGCGAUCCUGCACGAAGAGCUGUCAGAUAGGGGCACGAGCCACCUGCAGUCUGCUGCAUACACCUCAUCGCACACAUGCAGUCAACACCUGUCAGCAGCAGAGAGGGGCAACAAGCCUGCAGACCAGGGCAUUUGGGCUCUCCGCGUUCAGGCUGAAGAGCACAGAUGACCUCAGCAGCAGCAACGGGUUUAAUGAGGAGGGGGAGGAUGAAGAUUUCCUGGAGGACAGCGAGGUGGAGGAGCUGUUCCAGCAGCAGAUUCCUGCAGGCAUCGGAGAGGGACAGCACAGGGUGUUCAUCAUCCACCCAGAUGUGAAGUGGGGAAGCAGGAAACAGCAUCUGACUACAGCUGAGCUGAUGAUGGCCGAGGCUGAGGGGCUUGUGAACACCUUGGAGAACUGGACUGUGGUGGACAAGAUGAUCCUCUCCACCAAGACUCCAGAGAAGAAGAGGAUAUUUGGGAAAGGGAACUUCCAGACUCUCACAGAGAGAAUCAGGCAAACAGCAGGAAUCACUGCUGUGUUUGUGAAUGUUGAGCGUCUGUCUCCUUUGUCUGAGAGGGAGUUUGAGGAAGUCUGGGGGGUCAAAGUCUUUGACAGAUACUCAGUAGUCCUCCACAUUUUCCGCUGCAACGCCAGAACCAAAGAAGCCAAGCUUCAGAUCUCACUGGCAGAGAUCCCUCUGUUAAGAUCACGGCUGAAAAAUGAAAUGGCAAACUUGGAUCAACAGGGCGGAGGAUCGAGAUACAUCGGCGGAUCAGGUGAGACGCUGUACGAGAUCCAGCAGAGGCUGUUGAAAGAGCGGGAGAUAAAGAUCCGCUUGGCGCUGGAAAAACUUCGGAAAAAGAGGCACCUCCUGCGAUCUCAGCGUAAACACAGGGAGUUCCCUGUCGUCUCAGUGUUGGGAUACACCAACUGUGGAAAAACGACUCUGAUCAAAGCUCUGACGGGGGACACCGGCCUCCAGCCCAGAAACCAGCUUUUCGCGACACUGGAUGUUACCGUCCAUGCUGGCCAGCUGCCGAGUCACAUGACUGUUCUGUAUGUGGACACCAUCGGCUUCCUGUCCCAGCUGCCCCACCAGCUCAUCGAUUCAUUCUCUGCCACCCUGGAAGAUAUUAAACACUCGGAUCUUCUGAUUCAUGUUAGAGACAUCAGCCAUCCAGAGACAGCAAAUCAGAAGGUGAACGUGCUGAAUGUCCUGAAGAACCUGCAAAUCCCCGACAGGCUGAUGAACUCCAUGAUAGAGGUCCACAAUAAAACUGAUCUCAUCACCAAUUACGAGUCUGCAGAGCCCGCUGCUCUGCCUAUAUCAGCCCUGGAGGGGAGGGGCUUGGAACAGCUGAAGGAAGCAGUGGAGGAGGAGAUCUUAAAGGCUACGGGGAAACAAAUUUUAGAUCUCACAGUUAACCUGAGCUCUCCUCAGUUAAGCUGGCUGUACAAAGAGGCCACUGUUCAGGACGUGCAGGUGAAUGCAGACGAAGGUUCGGCCGUUGUCAAGGUCAUCAUCGGCACCGCUGCUCAUGGGCGCUACAAGAAACUGUUUGGAAGCAGAUGAGAAGGGAGGAAGGGCGUGAUGGCAGAAGUAAAAACGGACUGUACCCCAGUUAAAGAAAAGACUGUGUUUACUGUACAGUAUAUUAAAAUAUAUAAUGAUACAAAUCUGUUACAAUGUUUUCUUGUAAAAACUCAAAUUGCACAAAGAUUCAGAUGCACAAAUAACCCAUGAGAGAUAAAAGCCAAGCUUCAGAUGGCUCUAAAUGCUCA